CUUGCCUGGCACCGGAGCUGCAGCCGAACCCCGCUGCUAGUCCCAGCAAUUAAUCGGAGCGGUCGCGGCAGGUGAAGGGAGCCAUCCAGACCCUGGGUGCUUUACAGGCAGAAAGAAAAACCUGGUGUUCGUGUCAAAAGAUGGAAAAUAACGUAACAACAAUUUCUCGUGAGGAACUGGAAGAACUAAAAGAAGCAUUCAGUAAAAUAGAUGCUGACAACAGUGGAUAUGUCAGUGAUUAUGAACUUCAAGAUCUUUUUAAAGAAGCAAGCCUUCCCCUACCCGGUUAUAAAGUCAGAGAAAUUGUAGAAAAAAUUAUAGCAGUGACAGAUAACAAUAAGGAUGGCAGAAUCAACUUUGAAGAAUUUGUGUCAGUUAUUCAGGAACUGAAAAGUAAAGAUGUAAGCAAAUCAUUCCGAAAAUCCAUAAACAAAAAGAAAGGAAUUACUGCAAUUGGAGGAACAUCAUCAAUUUCCAGUGAGGGGACCCAGCACUCUUAUUCAGAGGAGGAAAAGGUUGCUUUUGUUAACUGGUUAAAUAAAUCUCUUCAAGAUGACCCUGACUGCAAACAUCUUCUUCCUAUGAAUCCAUCAGAUGACAGUCUUUUCAAGUCACUUGCUGAUGGUAUCCUGCUCUGCAAAAUGAUUAACUUAUCCCAACCAGAUACAAUUGAUGAAAGAGCUAUUAAUAAGAAGAAGCUUACCCCAUUCACUAUUUCUGAAAACCUUGAUCUUGCAUUGAAUUCUGCAUCAGCUAUUGGCUGCACAGUAGUCAAUAUUGGCUCACAAGAUCUAAAAGAUGGGAAACCACAUCUGGUGUUAGGACUGUUGUGGCAAAUAAUUAAAGUUGGGCUUUUUGCUGAUAUAGAAAUCUCUAGAAAUGAAGCUCUGAUUUGUUUGCUACGUGAUGGAGAAGAAUUAGAGCAAUUGAUGAAACUGUCUCCAGAAGAACUCCUGUUACGCUGGGUUAACUACCAUCUAGAUAAUGCUGGAUGGAAGAAAAUAAACAACUUUAGUCAAGACAUUAAGGAUUCAAAAGCCUACUUUCAUCUCCUAAAUCAAAUAGCACCCAGAGGAGGCAAUGGUGGAGAACCUGCUAUUAACAUUGAUCUUUCACGCCUUAAUGAACAAAAUGACCUGAAGAGGGCUGACUAUAUGCUUCGAGAAGCAGAAAAACUGGGCUGCAAACAGUUUGUGACUCCAGCGGAUGUGGUUGCGGGCAACCCUAAACUUAACAUGGCCUUUGUAGCAAACCUCUUCAACACAUACCCUGCCCUGCAAAAACCUGAAGGGUCUUCUUAUGACAUCAAUAUGCUAGAAGGAGAAAGUAAGGAAGAGAGAACAUUUAGAAACUGGAUGAAUUCUUUGGGUGUAAACCCUUAUAUUAACCAUUUGUACAGUGACCUUGCUGAUGCUUUAGUAAUCUUCCAGCUCUAUGAAAUGAUCCGUGUACCAGUACAAUGGAACCAUGUCAACAAACCACCUUAUCCUGUACUAGGGGGUAACAUGAAAAAGAUUGAAAAUUGUAACUAUGCAGUGGAACUGGGGAAGACAAAGGCAAGAUUCUCCUUGGUUGGUAUUGGUGGACAGGAUCUCAAUGAAGGCAAUCCAACAUUGACCUUGGCACUGGUGUGGCAGUUAAUGAGAAGGUACACUUUGAAUGUACUAUCAGACCUUGGAGAGGGUGAAAAAGUAAAUGAUGAAAUUAUUAUUAAAUGGGUGAAUCAAACUCUUGCAAAUGCUAAUAAAAAUACUUCCAUAACUAGCUUCAAGGACAAAUCUAUUAGCACCAGUUUACCUGUAUUAGAUUUAAUAGAUGCCAUUGCACCAAAUGCAAUCCGUGCAGAAAUGGUUAAGAGGGAAGAUCUUACAGAAGCAGACAAACUGAAUAAUGCUAAAUAUGCAAUUUCAGUAGCUCGGAAAAUUGGUGCUUGUAUAUAUGCCCUACCAGAUGACUUGGUAGAGGUGAAGCCAAGAAUGGUUAUGACAGUGUUCGCAUGCUUGAUGGCAAGAGGCCUGAACAAAAUAAAAUAAAGAAGACUUUUUCAUAUUUUUUGCCACGAUAAACACAAUGAAUGCCUCAUUGUUUACAGACUAAUGAAAUUUAGUAGCUGUAAAACAGAGAUAAUUUAUAUAUACAAAUAUGGAGAUGUAUAGAGAGAUUAUUUAAAAAUUAUUGUUUAUAUUUAAGGUUUCAUCAGAAGAUUUUUAUAUCAGUAAUUUAUGAGCUAACAUUACUACCAUAAUGCAAUCAUCAUGAUUAAAGUUACUACAAUUAUAUAGCCUUUUUAAGUAUUUAUAAUUUAUGCUGUUUUCUUAAUUCCUGGGUGGGAAACCUCCCAUGGGCUACAAAUUCCAUUGUCUUUUACCAAUGACUAUACUGGCUAGGACCCAUGGGAAUUGUAGGCCAAAGCAUCCAGAGGGCUACAAUUGCCUGACCCUUAGGACAAAGCUAUCAAGAUUAAAAUGCUAUUUUAGGAGCUGUUGUGAAGUUAAGAUUUUGUUCCUUUGUGAAUGUGGAUACAUGAAACACCUUGAAAAUCUGUUAGCAUUCCAGAUAGAUUAUGUUCACCAAAAGAUCAUUGUCUUUGUCUUUAUUUCAAGGAACUGUCUGAAUUUAUAUUGCAUUUUGGCUGCAAUCCCUAUAGCACUGAAUGGGAUUCAUUUUUGAGUUUUGAAAUUUUCACUAUAAAUUGCUGUAGCAGCUAAAGAUGUUUAAUUUUAAGGCUAAUUUCAUUUGCUGGAAUUGCAAGGUAAUGAAACUUGUUAAUGUUUUGAGGCUGUUUUGGUUCAACUGUAUUACUGUACUUGGAAAUUGCUGUAGUGCAACCUGUCCCCUGAUCAUAUUUAAAAUACUGAAGAUGAGAUGUGGGGUUGAAAGUUCCCUUGUUUAACAUUUCCUACCAUGCUUUUCCUGCUGGUUUAAAUCAUAGUUAACUAUUAUGGCAUAACCUGAGUUGCACAUGAUUAAUGCUAACCAAGAUAAUCAGGAUUUAUAAACCUGACUUUAAAGCUGGCUUCCCAAGGGGCUAUAGCUGAUUAUAAGCCUUAAUGGUGGAUAUACUGAGGAAAGGAUGAGGUAAAUUUACUCUAGAAAGGAGCAAGCAUAUGAUUGCUCCUUUUGACCCUUCUCUUUAAGCAUGGUCAAGGCAUGGGAUGCACUAUAUAUACUGGGCCCUGAAUAGUAGGUUUGUUUAUCCAAUGGUAACUUAUUUGACAUGUCCUUCAAUAACUCAAAAAGGGCAUUUGUACUGAUGCUAUGAUAUACAUAUACCAUACAUAUGGUAGUAUGUGAGUUCUGUUAAAUUUAUGGAGCAUGCUAUCCAAUUUAUGACAGUGCUUAGGAGAGGUGGGAUGGUGUAUCUACAUAGUUGUGCCAGUGUAACUGCAGUUUUGUUGGAAUAAUGGUGCUUUAUGCUUUUAUUCUAUAGCCUCUCAAUAUAUGUUGACUAUAGCAUUCUGCCCUUAGGGUACAAUCCUGUGCAUGUUUAGGCAGGCUGGGGAAUGCUAAGAGUUGUAGGACUUCUUGCUAUUUAAACAUGCGUAGGAUUGUUCCCU